AGGUAUGCUACUGCACUAGAGAGAAACCCAGAAGAUUAUGAUGCUCUUUACAACUGGGCAUUGGUUCUUCAGGAAAGUGCAGAUUAGUCCAGAUUCUACUACACCUUCUAAAGAUGCCUUGCUAGAGGAGGCUUGUAAAAAGUAUGAUGAGGCUACUCAUCUCUGCCCAACACGUCAUGAUGCCUUCUACAACUGGGCAAUAGCAAUAUCUGAUCGAGCAAAAAUGUGUGGCCGGACCAAAGAGGGUGAAGAACUCUGGGAGCAGGCAACAAAAAACUAUGAAAAAGCUGUCCAACUCAACUGGAAUAGCCCCCAGGCACUAAACAAUUGGGGACUUGCUCUUCAGGAACUCAGUGCAAUUGUUCCAGCUCGAGAGAAGCAAAAAAUUGUGAGUACUGCAAUUAGUAAGUUCCGUGCAGCAAUACAGUUGCAGUUUGAUUUCCAUCGUGCAAUAUACAACCUUGGAACUGUUUUGUAUGGACUAGCUGAGGAUACCUUAAGAACAGGCUCCCCAAAUAUGAAUGAAGUGAUGUAAGGCGAAUCUACACGCUUUGAUGGAA